UAUAUACUAUACUAUACUAUACUAAUUUCUAACUUGGGGUAACGAUUGACAUUACUUUCACAACGCCACUUUUUAGUGUGUUUUGUGUUUUUUCACUGAAUAAAACCUUUCUUGAAUUUUUAUAAAAUUCUUAUAAUUAUAUCAAAUAAUGGCCACAGAGGAAGGUUUUGAACAGUUCGAAGAUGAAGAGACAGAAAUUCCGAUUGGCGGAACUUUACCCGGCGGUAGAAAACGAUUAUUUUCGAAAGAAUUACGCUGUAUGAUGUAUGGUUUUGGCGAUGAUCAAAAUCCUUAUACAGAGAGUGUAGAUUUGUUAGAAGAUUUAGUCAUUGAAUUUAUUACGGAAAUGACACACAGAGCUAUGGAAAUUGGUCGUACUGGACGUGUACAAGUAGAGGAUGUUGUAUUUUUAGUUAGAAAAGAUCCUAGGAAAUAUGCAAGAGUCAAAGAUCUCCUCACAAUGAAUGAAGAAUUAAAGAAAGCUAGAAAAGCAUUCGAUGAAGUUAAAUAUGCAGAAUAACAUGAGAGACUCCUACACCGUGAUAUGAAGAGCCACACAAUGCUAAAGGUAUUUUAUGCGCGGAGAUAUAAUCGUGGAUGCGAGUUAAACGUUCUGCAUGACCUAUUAUAUAUUGUGGAAUACAGUCUUUUAGAAUGGAAACGUUAUAUGUCUUGGGAUCUUCAUUAAUGGAUAAAAGUUGAUUUGUAUAUUUAACUGCUACCAUUUUUAAAUGUUCUUCUGAUGAACAUUUACCAAAAUAUUUUUCAAACCAUGCACCACCCAUCAUUACUGUUAGUACCUGGAUUUAAAGAGAAAAUUGUAUAUAUCGAACAAGAAAUGUUUCUAGUCUAUUAUAAAUUUGUAAAAAAUUAUUUAAAUAUUAAAGAUCAUUUUGUCAA